UCUGGUUCAGCAUGGCUGAACAUUGGCCUGGCCAAGUGUUAUUAUAAGAGUCAGACUUUCAAGCAGAAUAUGAGCAACGAUAAACAUAGGAGAAGGUCCAGAAGGUCCAGGUCAACGCAGCUGAAAGCAGAUCAUCUAACAAGCAACAUUCCAAGGUGCUGGAGAGAUGAACGUCUCCACGGGGAACAUUUCAACCAUCUCCAUGUCUUAUGGAAAUCUUAACUACUUCAUGGAUGUGACCAAGUUACUCUUCACCAUCUGCUAUUCCCUUAACCUGACCCUGGGACUCCCCACCAACAUCUAUGUGGUGAAGCUGAUCCUGACCGGAGCCGCUGGCCAGAUGGCUUCCGAGUUCUUCGCCCUCAACCUGGCUGUGAACGAGAGCCUCUACUGCCUGCUGAACAUCUUGGGUUUGCUGGACUUUCAUUAUUUCAUGGGUUCCUUUUACCAUGCGAGGGUGUUGUCCACUGGAUUCAUUUGCACUAGUCGCCCCCUGUUCCAGUGUUGCAUCUGUUUCGAGCGCUUUCUGGCCGUGGUCUACCCAGUGGUCUUUCUGAAGUAUAAACCCCUGAGGUACAGAAUGGUCUGCUCUGGAUUCAUGUAUAUGUGGAUCAUUGGGUCCUGCUGCCUGGCUAUGUAUAUGUCUUUCUCCAACACGUUCUUCUACUAUUACAUGAGUCAGUACCUAGUUGUGUUUGUGGUCCAGCUGUUCUGCUGCCUGUCUGUCCUUAAAGCUCUGAAAGGUCCUGGACCAGGAGAUGGGGACAGGGAGAGAGAAGGGUCAAACAGCAUGAAGAGAAAGGCUUUCUCCAUCAUUCUCAUCAUUCUGCUGUCCUUCGUCAUAAACUGCCUUCCAAUAGCGGUGAUUGUCCCGUUGCAGUCCUACCUUAGGCCCGAUGAUUUUUAUUUGGUUUUGUCUGUUUGUUUUGCCACCAUUGUGCUCACUGGGUUCGUCCAGCCUGUCAUUUACCUCCACAGGGCUGGCAAACUGCCUUGUAUCAGGAGACUUUGAAAGAAUGACUUGUUUUUGCAUGCUGGAUGCAGUUCCACUGCCUCACUGAAGAUUGUUGUGUUGUAAAUGUGGCUCGCUGAGCUGUGUGAAGCUUGAUGUAGAGCUUUUCUAGGACUAGAAGGCGAACUUUAUUGUUUAUAUAAAAUGCUGACACUUAAACAACUGUCAUUUAUGUCUGUAACAAUCUUGAUUGUCUAAUGUGAGUUCCUAAAGUUUAAUAUAUGACUCUCAUAUCUGACAUUAU